CUCGUCCCGCUGCCUGACCGCAGGUGCCCAGCAGCCUCUGGGAACAUGCAAACCCCCGUCAUUCUACACUUGCUUGCUUACUGUCUUCCCAUGUCCACAUUCUACGUCCUCACCACCUUUUUGCCCUUCCUUAUGCCAUGUGUGUGCGUUCCUUUUCCGUGAAGCCUCUGGACCUUGCUGGUGGCCCCAAAUAGUUUUGAGAGGUUUAAAAGUUCACUGAUAUUACACAGUGUGGAAAUAGGCGCUCGGUCGACGUUUGAACGAAGGAAGGUGGAACAAGGCCGAGCCCGGGCCCCGGAGUCUGGGUCGGUCGGACCCGGCUCUCGGGCUACAGGACUGGGCGCCCUGAGCAGGACCGUGGGCGAAACCCUGACCCCAAUCUCCCGCCACCAGCAGCAGCCCUCGGGCGUCCUAGUUCAGCUAACGUCUAAGCCUGUGUCCCAGUGCCCCCAGAGGUCACGGCGUGUUUGGGAAUGACUGGGGUGCCUACGCGGAGCGAGUCGCCCCGGCGGCGACCGCACAAGGCUGGGACCCGCGGCUCGGUGGCCACACGAGUCCGCACCCGGCGCCGACCAACCGCCACCCGGAAGGCUGACAAGCCGGCGCGCGCGCGCCACCUCGUCGCUCCCAGACACGCCACAUCCGGUCGGGACCCGCCCCGGCCGCCAGAGGAAGAGCUCUGCUAUCAAGGAAGGCAGCACAGGGCCAGGCCUUGCCCAUGGACCCUUCUCAGGACAACCCGACGGCACCCGCAGAGCUGCUCUCCUAAGCCGCAGGGGGCCCGGGCUCCCCACCUUUUGGGAGGAGCCAUGGUGUUUAGAAGGUGGCUGGGCCUGGGGGGUGGCAGUGUCUGCACGGGCCCCCGAGGCAUGCUCAGGGCCAGCCUGCUGCUUCUCAGCCUGCUCUGGGGGGCGCGGGGCACAGCCAGCGCCAGUCUCAGCGCGGCUGUGGGCCGUACCGUGCCCCUGACAGAGCGCCGCUACCUGAGCAUUGGGGAUGGCUCCGUGACGGAGUUUGAGUUCCCAGAGGAGAGCGAGGGCAUCAUCGUGGUCUCAAGCCAGUACCCGGGCCAGGGCAACGGGACGGGGCCCAGCCCCGUGCUGAGGGUCACCUCCCUGGACACAGAGCUGCUGACCAUCAGGAACGUGAGUGCCAUAGCCUGGGCUGGUGGGGGCGGCUUCGUGGUGAGCAUCCACUCGGGCCUGCCUGGGCUAGCGCCACUCCACCUCCAGCUCCUGGACCCCUGUGAGGCCCCGCCCACGCUGGUUGAGGAGCGGAGAGAUUUCUGCAUCAAGGUCUCACGUGCUGAAGACCCUGCCGCCCUUGGCACUGACUUGGCCCACUUCUCAGAGAACCCAGUACUCUACCUGCUCCUGCCUCUUAUCUUUGUCAACAAGUGUUCAUUUGGGUGCCAAGUAGAGCUCGAAGUUCUGAAGGGGCUCCUGCAGAGCCCCCAGCCCAUGCUGCUGGGCCUCCUGGGCCAGUUUCUGGUUAUGCCCUUCUAUGCUUUUCUGAUGGCUAAGGUCUUCAUGCUGCCCAAGGCCCUGGCUCUGGGCCUCAUCAUCACUUGCUCGUCGCCCGGCGGCGGGGGGAGCUACCUCUUCAGCCUCCUCCUUGGGGGGGAUGUCACCCUGGCCAUCUCCAUGACCUUCAUCUCAACAGUGGCUGCCACCGGCUUCCUGCCGCUGUCCUCGGCCAUCUACAGCCGCCUGCUCAGCAGCCACGAAACACUCCACGUGCCCAUUUCCAAGAUCCUGGGGACCCUGCUGUUCAUCGCCAUCCCCAUAGCAGCGGGCGUGCUGAUCAGGUCGAAGCUCCCCAGGUUCUCGCAGCUGCUGCUGCAGGUCAUCAAGCCCUUCAGCUUCGUGCUGCUCCUGGGCGGCCUCUUCCUGGCCUGCCACAUGGGGGUCUUCAUCCUGGCGGGCGUCAGGCUGCCCAUUGUGCUGGUGGGCCUCACAGUGCCCCCGGUCGGCCUCCUGGUGGGUUACUGCCUGGCCACGUGCCUGAAGCUGCCAGUGGCCCAGCGUCGGACUGUCAGCAUCGAGGUCGGGGUGCAGAACAGCCUGCUGGCCUUGGCCAUGCUGCAGCUGUCCCUCCGCCGCCUUCAGGCUGACUAUGCCUCCCAGGCCCCCUUCCUUGUGGCACUGAGUGGCACCUCAGAGAUGCUGGCCUUAGUUACUGGCCACUUCAUCUAUAGCAGUGUGUGUGCAGUUCCCUGAGGCCCCCCGGGUCAAGCUUUCGCCACCCCUAGCCCCCAGCCUCCACCCACGGCCCCCACAGUUCUGUGUACCAAAGGCCUUUAGUUCUCAUGCACUCUAUGCACUCAGAAAAAUCCAGGCUUAUUUUUUGUACUCGUUUUUUAUUCUCCAGCUUUCAGUGCCAAAGAGGCCAUGCUGAGUUCAGUAGGUGGGCACUGCCUAGAAAAUAUAUUUCAAUAAAAGAGAGAAGCAAG